AUGGCAGAAUCAUCUGGUUUGGGUGUGGCUCUCUGCCUAAAACAGCUCAGUGAUGCAACGUUCCUACACUUCAAAAAUCUGCUCAUCAAAGAACCAGAAUUGCAAGUCAAUCCAGUGCUCUGUGCAAAUAUUAAGCUAGCUUCGAGAAAAGGCCUGAUAACGCUGUUGCACGCAUAUUAUCCAGGGCAGGUAUGGGACAUAAUGUCAAGAACAUUUCUACAGGUCAAUCGGAGAGACCUCUGGACCAAGGUUCAAGAACUGAGGAGAGAUAAAAGGACAUACAAAGAGAUUAUGAAGACUGCAUUUCACCAAAUCUGGACCUUCAAAGACAACCUUUAUGUGCUGGAUGCAGAAUACGAAGUUGUUACACACAUGCAUUUCAAGGUGUUGCAAGAAGUAUUUGAUCCUCAGUUAAAGCCAGUCACUGCAGUCAUACUGGGUGCUGAAGCAAUUGGAAAAUCCACAUUCUUAAGAAAAGCUGUGUUGGAUUGGGCAUCAGGAAACUUAUGGAAGAACAGAUUUCAGUAUGUUUUCUUCUUUUCUCUCAUCUCACUUAACAGCACCACAGAGUUGAGCUUAGCUCAGCUUCUCUUAAAUCAGUUGUCUGCAUCUUCAGAGACACCGGAUGAUGUCUUAUCCGAUCCGAGGAAAAUUUUGUUUAUCUUGGAUGGAUUUGACCACCUGAAAUUUGACUUGGAUAUCCGGACAAACUUGUGCGACGACUGGAGGAAGAUGCUACCAACACAAAUUGUCUUGAGUAGUUUGAUACAGAAAAUAAUGCUCCCAGAAUCAUCUCUGCUGCUUGAAUUGGGAAACCCAAGUAUACCCAAAAUCUAUCCCUUGCUACAGUAUCCAAGGGAGAUAACUAUGGGAGGAUUCAGUGAGCAGUCUAUAAAGUUCUACUGUGUGUACUUUUUCAAUGACUUUGAGAAAGGCUUAGAAAUCUUUGGUUAUUUACAGAGCAUGCAAGCAUUGCUCGAUUUAUGCAUUAGUCCCUAUAUGUGCUGGAUGUUCUGUAGGACCCUGAAGGGGCAGCGUGACAGGGGAGAGAAAAUGAACCUCGUUUAUGAGCCAGAUUCGGCUUUGUACACAAGCUUUAUGGUGAGCUCCUUCAGAUCGGUGUAUGAAUCCCGUCGAUCCAGACAGAACAGAGCCCGACUAAAGACUCUGUGUACCUUGGCUGCAGAGGGAAUGUGGAAACAAGUAUUUGUAUUUAAGUCUGAGGAUCUCAGAAGGAAUGGCAUAACUGAACCUGAGCAGACAUCAUGGCUGAGAAUAAAUUUUCUCAAUUACCGGGGUGACUGUUUCAUGUUUUACCAUCCGACGCUACAGUCAUAUUUUGCUGCCCUGUUCUAUUUCCUCAGAGAAGACAAAGACACACCUCACCCCAUCAUAGGAAGCCUACUCCAAUUCCUAAGAGAAGUCUAUGCUCAUGGCCAAACCCAAUGGCUCCGGACAGGGAUGUUUGUGUUUGGAAUUGCCACUGAAAAAGUUGCUGCCAUGCUGAACCCACACUUUGGCUUUAUACCAUCCAGAGAUGUUAGAGGUGUUAUCUUCAACUGCUUUAGAAACAUGAAUCAAGAAGAGUUCAGUAAGACACUGAGAGCCCAGAGUUUGUUCAAGAGCCUAUUUGGCAACAAGGAAGAAGAAUUUGUAACACAAGUGAUGGGUCUAUUCGAAGAAAUGACUGUUGAUAUUAGUAAUGUUGAUGUACUCACAGUAGCUACCUACAGUCUGCUGAGAUCUCAGAAGCUAAAGAAACUUCAUCUGCAUAUACAAGAAAGAGUUUUUACAGAAACCUAUAACCCAAGAGAUGGUGACAUAGAAACCUUUAGACGACACAAGAAAAUUGCAAACAAAUAUUGGCGUUCAUUAUGUGGAAUUUUCUGGCACUUACAAGUGUUGGAUCUGGACAGCUGUAAUUUCAAUGAAACUGCAAUUCAGCAUCUUUAUGAAUUGUUGUCUCCAGCUCCUCCUAUAACUCUGAACAUGUUUAAGCUCCAAAGCUUGUCGUUGGGGAAGUGUGGCAUCUCAAGUAAUGCUUGUGUUGAAAUUGUGACUUCCCUAAACCUCGGCAAGCUGAAGCAUCUCUCAUUGGUUGAAAACCCCUUGAAUAACAAAGGAGUGGUGGCACUGUGUGAGAUCUUGAAGGAUCCGAGCUGCGUCCUGGAGAAACUGAUGUGA